CUUUACUUUUGUAGGGAUUUAAAUAGCGCUGUACUCCUUAACUAGUAAGCGAGUUUUUGCGUUCUCUUUCAUUGUUGUUAUUAACCAAACGGUAGAGCCACUUGGCCUCCGUGCUGUAUACACUUCGGUGCCUUUUUUGUUUGGGAGAAAUGAAGCCCGCUCACGCGGCAGUCAAGGUACACGGGAUACGACACCAUACCAAAUCGAGGAACGGAUGCAUUGACUGCAAGUUUAGACGCGUAAAGUGCGAUGAACAGAAGCCUGCCUGCUCGGCGUGUGCGAGGCGGCAGACGCAAUGCCGUUACACGCCUCGCUUUUACUGCAACCCGCAGAGCAAUGUGUUGCCCUCGAACAGCCUGUUGACGGAGGCAAACGGGCAGAUAGACCCUACCGAGCAACAUUCCCGAGUUACAGAGGUGGAGCCGCUGUUAUGCGAUCUUCUUCCACGAUACACAAGCCGAGAGAUGGACCAUUUGCGCCUCCUCCACCACUACUCCAACUUUACCGUCGAAUCAUUCGCCACAACGUUCCAGCUCGAGGGUCGCGCCUUCCAGUCUCUGCGGCUGGACAUUCCCCGACUCGCUUUCCAGAAUCACUUCCUUAUGGAUGCCAUCCUCUCGGUCGCUCUGCUGCACCUAUCGAGCACCGACGAGUCUGCGAAAGACGGCUUGCCGCGAUUGGCCCUGUAUCGGGAUCAGGCCUUUCGUCGGUUGCGUGUCCAACUCACGCGCAACUCGCACGUUAUGAUUGGAGAGAGGCCAGAUGAGAAGUUUCGGGCCGUGGUCGUGACGUCAAUCUUACUGGCCGUCACCGCCCUCGCCGCGGAUCGGUUCUUUGGGCACGAGGGGAUCUGGCUGACCAAUUAUCUGGCCUUGAGCAUAGGUCCACGAACGAUUCUACCCUGGAGAGGGACGGCGCUGGGUGCCUUCUCCAGCGCAAGGCAAGGGAGAGGAAAUGAGAGGAUGAGUAACAAGGACUCUGACUUCUAUCACCCCUGUCCUGUGUCUGUCGUGCCUGAUCUAGAGCUAGUGCACUUAGGAGUUGGCGAGAAUGACGAGGACUGGGAUUGCAUCGACGACCUACGGCGCGCGAUCAAGGGCAUGGGGAGACUAUUCGGCGCGCUCUUCUGCCCAAAAUGCGAUGCCUCGUCCUGCGUCUCUAACGUCGUGGAUUUGCCCUGCAUCGUGUCUAAAGUCCGAACAUGGCCCUUUGCUUUUGUAACGUCUGGCUUCGUCGACAUGGCCCGCAGAGGGCGACCGCGGGCUCUCGUCGUAAUGGCCUACUAUCUCGCCUUCUUCCCUUGGCUACCGCAGACAUGGUUGUACCAAGAUAUCGCGCCGAUAGAUAUGGACAAGCUCGCCGAUGCCGUCGGACCUUCGUGGCAGAGGUGUCUGGCGGCCCCCAAAGUGGCUGUUUUGGUGAAAGACUUGGAUCUGCUGGCGCCAUUUCUGUCUGGGCUCGCAUAUUGUCAGGGCACAGGCAGUGCAAAUUCUUUGGAAGGGUUUUUUGAUAGUCUAGAUUGAGGUUUAAAGUCUAUCAAAAUACACCGUACAUCUGCUUUCACGGUGUCUUGCACAUACAACC